AUGAGACAAGCCAACGGCAGCAAUCAUGAUGAAAUGGAGCAAUUACUCCGAGAAAGCAAAAACUUGGUACUUUCUGUGCAGAAAGAUUUGGGCGAGGCAGAGACCAUUCUUCUGUCUGGACAAGUUUCAAAAGAAUACAAUUCCGAUGAUCAAAUACAUUUUAGUAGCACCCGAACAUUUAAGAGACGAAUGUCUGGUGGAAAGAAAUUAACGAACGAAGAAACUUUGGAAGAGGGGUUUUCUGCUACAACAUCAGAAAAUUCUCCCUUCAUGAACCUCAAAGAGUCACUCAAGAAUAAUAUCAAAACGCUCAUAAAUUAUGAGCACACACUCCGAGAUUAUUACAUGAAUUUACCAAGAGGAAAAUCAAAAGACAAGUGGCAACUAAAUGUUUCGUCACUGAGUCAAGAGUUACACUCUAUCAAUGUUUCUAUGAACAAUUUGGAAAAGAGACAAAAUAAUUUAGAAAACAAAAACAAAUUAUUGGAUUUGGGAGACGAAAGUUAUGCGAGACGAUCUUCCUCACCAAAUGAGGAACAAGUUUUUGAAGAAGCAAUGGCAGAAUAUGGAAUGCAAAAUAGAUCUCUCGACAACUCGAAUAGAUUAAUAGAACAAAUGAAGAGCGUUGGAAUCGAUGUUGCGUCCAUGUUGUCAGAGCAAAGACAAACAAUGAAAAUGGUUCAUGAAAAAGUUUUGGGCAUGGCAUCCACGUUAGGAAUUUCUCAAUCUACAAUCAGAACGAUAGAAAGACGAUAUUUGAGAGACAAGUAUUUAAUUUAUAUAGGAAUGUUUUUGAUCACACUGUUGUUAAUAUUUGUAUAUUACUAUAUGUUGUAA